CCACAACUUUAGGCGACACUUCCCCGUCAGGACCAAGCAGACCAGAGUUCAGCCCAGUGAAGGAGGCUAUUUAUAGAUUAUAUGAACCACGUUUUGUCAAUAAAAUAAAUAAAAUAAAAAAAUAAAAAGAAUUAAACGUGCCCACGCGCAUUGUGUGACUCCCCUUGGCACUUGGCGUGAUCCGUAUCACGUUUGAAAAAAUCUGAGAGUUGGAGGAGAGUUCUUCAUGUCAGGGGCUGCUGUACACAGGGAACACAGAGUACUCAAGCGCCAUCAUCCAUCAUCCAGUGUACAACAUGGAUGGCAAGGACCUUAGUGACCCCUUGAAUAAUGUGACAUUGAUCAAAGAUGGCCAAACCAGGACAAACUUGGUAUCUUCAGGUGACUCAGACAAAAUGAUUCAGAGUUUAAAUGAUGAACUGCGUGAAGCUCAGGAAAUGGCAAAUACAGAAAAACACAAAAACAUGGAGCUACAAGCCUCCCUUGAAAAAGAAAGGAAGGAGAAGAAACAACAAUCUGAUGAUUCUGCAAAACAAAUUCAAACCCUCCAAGGCCAACUGCACCAACUUCAUGAGGAGGUGGCCGGUCUCAGAGAGCAGCUGAAAAGUUCCCCCAGUUCUCAGGACGAGCUCCAGAAAGCCAAAGAGGAGGUGAAAUCCCUGAAAAGAGCCCUGGAUGAGGCUAAAGCUGAGCGGGGCAUUGUCUCCAAGGACCUAGACAAAUGGCAUCAGACUGCGACCAAAUAUGAGAGAGAGAUGGAAAACUUGCAGCAUGAUCUUCAGCAGCAGAGUAAGCAGUGGCAAAAGACUGCAGAAAUACAAGCAAAUGAGCUCCAGUCUGUGCAGUUGGAGUGUAAUGGUCUGCAGAAGGAGUGUGCCUCUCUGCGCUCUGAGAAACAGGAGAUUGUGACAAAGCAUCAGAAGGAAAAGUCCACCUUGCAGAACGAGUGUGCUGCACUGAAGGCUGAGAAGGACGACCUGAUCAAGAGUCACCAGAAAGAGAAGAACAGCCUGCAGAGUGACUAUUCAAACCUAAAAUCUGAGAGAGAGGCCGCGAUACACAAACAACAGCAAGUGGAGAAGGACCUGAUCAGUUCACGUGCCAAGAAUACUGAGAUGACCAACAGCCUGAAAAGCCUUGAAAAAUCUCAGCAGGACCUGGAAGACAAACUAGCAUCUUUAGAGCUCCAUCAUCAAGAGGAAAAUGCCAAGCUCCAAGCUCAACUGCAGGAAGCAAACUCACAAAGUGACACUCUGCAGAAGGAGUACGAUAAUGCCCUGGCAGAGUUGUCCAACAUUAAAGAAAAGUACAAAAGGACAGAGCAUCAAAAUCAACUGCUGUCUGAGGAACUAAAUCAGUGCAAGGAGAGUAUCAAGGACAUACAGGAGAAGGGCACAAAGAAACCAUGGAUGAUCUGGGGACCGGUGGCUGCUGUGGCUGUAACUGCAGUGACUGCUGCUGUGCUUCUUCGGACAUGAACUGAGUGUCCCACAAUGCACCUUUUCUCCUCUUCACUAACAUAAUGUCCUCUUUAUCAUAUCUGCACUACUUAGGAGGGCUCCUUCGUAACACUGUUAGAUUUGCUAUGUUUUAAAUGGCAAGAGUAUUAUUAUUAAUGCACUGACGGUAGCUACACUGUGGUACUGGAUACAGGAUUAAACAUUGUUUGUCAACAUUGUUUACUGUGGUUGAUAUGCGUCUGCUUUAUGGAAAUGCCAUGCAAGUAAAUGGAAAAGGUGGGUGUUGUCUUAUGGAAAGAUCUAUAAACAUACUGUUCUGUGCAAAGCUCCAAGACAGCUUUUACAGAAUUCCAAGGCACUGAUCCAUUCUCGCAAUGGUUAAGAUGGUGUCCUGUGUUCCCCACCUCUUAAGUUGUUGCAACUCUAACACUAUAUGGUAGUAGCAACCAGCUGUAUGACAAGAUUAGUUACUUUGAUGGUUAAUGGAUGUUGAACCAAGGUGGAUGCAAAUACAGUAUUGACCAUGUUCUUUCAUUUAUGAACAAGAAAUCUGUGGAGUGUUCCCUCUAAAUGUUAUUAAACAGUACCCCAUUAUUACUGACUAUAAAUUGUUAAUUU